AUGCCUUCAACCCAAUUCCUCACAGCUCACCACGAGCCCUCCGCACACUCCUCAGACAUCUACUCCUCCAUCCUCACCUCCACACACCUCAUCACAGCCUCCGGAGACUCAACAAUUAAAUUCUGGGACGCAGCAAGUCCUGAACAUACCCUGAUAAACACAAUAGAAACACCACAUGCUGCGGGUAUCCAUCAUUUGGCUGUGAAUGCCGAGGGAAACAGGAUGGUAAGCGUUGGGUUUGCUGGAGAGGUGAUAGUGUGGGACCUGGAAGAAAUGAAAGAAGUAGGACGAAUCGAAGAACCAGGCUCAAAAGACACAGCAUGGUCAAUCGCCCUCUCCCCCGACACAAAAACCCUCGCAACAACCUCCUACGCCGGAAAAAUGACAAUCUACGAUCUCGCAUCAUCCUCCCGCCUCGCUUCAGACGAUACCCGCGGUUCAUUCGGCACCUGCAUAGCCUACUCCCCCGACGGUCGGUACAUCGCAACCGGCCACCAAAACGGGGGCCUCUACAUCUUUAGCACCGAAACGGGAAGAAUGUUUCAUUCGCUACCAGGACAUGGCUCAAAUACGGUCAGAGGGGUGAAGUUUAGUCCGGGAAGUAGUUUGUUGGCAUCCGUCGGCGACUCAGAAACGAUAUGUCUCCACGACCCGCGGUCAGGAGAACAGGUCGCAUCACUAACAGGCCACAACCGAUGGGUAUUCGCUCUAGACUGGAAUAGAACUGGAGAAUAUAUCGCGUCAGCCGCUGUGGAUGGAAAAGUCAAGGUGUGGGAUGUACGGACACGGGAGUGCGUGUGUACGGUUAGUGAUAAUGAGGGUCCGGUUUGGGACGUGAGCUGGACGAAGACGGGGAUUGAGGGGUUCGUUACGGUGGGUGCGGUGGGUGAUGUUAGAUGGUAUAGGGCUGCUGCAUCGGAGUAA